CAUUUAUCAUUCCUAUUUCAAUCAUGAACCAACAUGCUUUGAGAGUUGCUUUAGAAUAAAUGAUGUUUAAACUCUUCAGAGUAAAUAUUGAUCGUCUCAUUUCGCUUUGUUAGUUUCGUUGUGAGCAUCUAUGUUUUGCUGAAAGUGGGGAGGGGUGAAGUUAUUUUCAGCUAUAAAUGUCUUGCUAUUGUUGUCUGAUUCGCUGUAAAUUAAAUUCGCGUAUAACUUCAUAUUUUCCAAUAGUCCAUAAUAGACUUCAGUCUGGAUGGUGUUGGAGUCAAUUAUAGAAUAUAGAAUCUGAUUAUCUAGAGCAGACAGUCCACCUAGACAUUGGAAGUGUGUGACUGCUACUUUUGUGGACUUUCAUCUUGGCAAAGGGUCAAGAAAGGUGGCUCAAUGACCUGGUCCCUCUUUCUGUCAUUUAUUUAUAUUUAAUGAUGAUCAACCAAUGUAUUUGGGAGGGGAUUUUUUUUCAUAGUUAAAGAAUCUUUAUUUCUUUGUUCUAUUCUUUGCAUAUAUAAUUAUUUCAUCCCUUUACUUGGCUCAUCUUCCUCCUAGAUCUUCUUCUUUCUCGUCGACAGUUACUAGCACUCUCCAAUACAUAUUUUUAACUUGUCGACUAUAUGGCGGAGUUCGGCGUCGGAGUCGUAGGAUGGGUUGCAUCUCCGAUCAUCAAAGCAAUGGUUGACAUGGCGAGAUCCUACACAGAGAGCCGACUGCCUUGGCGAUCGGCGGUGGAGGAGGAGCUUCACGUGCUGGCGGCCGUCCUUGCUCAAAUCCUCGCCGUCGUCUCCACGGCCGAGUCGCUGCCCGCCACCGAUAACGAAAGCCACCUCGCGCUGCUCCGCCAGAUGAAGGACGCCGUCUACGAGGCCGAGGACUUGCUCGACGAGUUCAACUACCUUCUCCUUCAAUCCGAAGUGAAUUCUGGAUACAGCGUAAGCCUCCCUUCUGCCUGCUUCUCGUCUGUCGGCGUAAGUUUCAGAAAUAAGCUGAAGAAAGUGCUGAGUAAACUAGAUAAAGUUAAGGACUGCGCCCAGACGUUCCUCGAUAUUGUUGGUGCGACAGUUACGACAGUUGCAGGCAGUAGUAGCAGCAGCAGCGGUGUUGCAAGUGCGGUGCAGCAGCAUCCUACUAGCUCGUUCCUUCUUGAAAACCAAAUUUUCGGCCGAAAAGAGGAGUGCAGGAGGAUACUGCAAUGGCUUCUUGAAUCUGGUGAUCAGUCUGAAAUUCUUCUCUCGGUGGUCGGAGACGGAGGGGUCGGUAAGACUACGCUUGCGCAGUCGAUCUACAAUGAAACAAAGGUGGCGGACCGUUUCGAGCUGCGCAUGUGGGUUUGUGUCUCGGAGAAUUUCGAUGAGCUCAGACUUACCAGGGAGAUCCUCUCGUCGGCGUGCGACGAUCUUGGCAAUGACUCGGCGAGCUUUAAUCUCAACAAGCUUCAAGAACAACUCAAGAAGAGUCUAGCAUCGAAGAGGUUCCUUCUAGUCUUAGAUGAUGUUUGGAAUGACGAGGGGAUCGAGGAGUGGAAGAAUAGAGAUCGAUGGAUGAAACUUCUUGCGCCACUAAGAUUCGGGGGUACAGGGAGCAAGAUCAUUGUGACCACGCGUUUGGAACUAGUGUCGAGAAUGCUCGGCGCAGGAGAUUCGAUCCAUCUGAAGGGGCUAGAAGGAGAUGAUUACUGGUUGCUCUUUAAGCGGCACGCCUUUCGCUCCGCGCGCGCUGACGACUAUCCGGAGCUCCAAGUAGUAGGCCGGCAAAUAGCGAAGAGGCUAAAGGGAUCUCCUCUCGGGGCGAAGGUGGUGGGGGGGAUGCUGAAUGCGGACAUGAAUGUUGAGAAGUGGAAGAAUGUUUUGAGAAGCAAUGUUUGGAAUGGCAUCAUGCCUGUUCUCAAAUUAAGCUACUGGAAUCUGCCACCCCACCUGCAGCGAUGCUUCGCGUACUGCGGUAUCUUUCCUGAAGAUUGGAGGAUUGAACCUGACAAGCUAGUUUACAUGUGGAUGGCGCAAGACUUGCUUCGGCCUCAAGAAGGGAGUAGUAUGAGGAUGGAAGACAUUGGGAGGAUCUACUUUGACGACUUAUCGUCGAGAUCCUUUUUUCAGAAGCUCGAGGAUCACAAUGGCAAUUAUUAUGUCAUGCAUGACAUGAUACAUGAAUUGGCUCAAUCUGUUUCGAAGGAGGAGUGCUUUAGAAUCGAAAGUGAUAACGUGCAAAGGAUCCCAUCGACCGUACGCCACUUGUUGGUCGACACCGACGCUUUGCUGCAGCUUACGAGCAUAUGCGACUUGAAGAACUUGCGCACGCUUGUAAUCUUUUCCUACAAUCAUUCUAUCGGUAGUGAUGUUUUCAAACAGCUGAGAAGCAUAAGAGUGCUGGAUCUAACUGGAUGUGAGAUGGAACAGUUACCUAAAGCUGCGGGCGAGUUGAUUCAUCUACGAUAUUUAGCAUUUGCUGAGACUCUUAAGACAGUGCCUUCGUCAUUCUAUCAGCUUUACAAUCUACAAGUGUUGGAUGUUUCGCGAUCGUGGCUGCCCACUUGGUCUCCUGAAGGUAUGGACAAGCUAAUCAACUUGAGGGUUUUAAGUGUUCACGAGGCAUUCGCGUCGCAGAUAGCUAGAAUUGGGAAACUGACCAGUUUGCAAGGUUUAGCCGGAUUUCGUCCUUCAAAGAAGAAGGGCCGUAAGAUAGUCGAGCUGCAGAACAUGAAUGAACUUCAGGGAUCACUUAGGAUCAAGAAUCUUGAGAAUGUGGAUAGCAUGCAAGAGGCCACUGAAGCGAAAUUGAACCGGAAGGAGUACAUCAAGAAAUUGAGGUUAGAAUGGUGCUACUCUGAGGAGCCGAGAAGUAAAGAUGAUCAAAUUCUCGAGGGCCUCCAGCCGCAUCCGAAUCUCGAAGAUCUAAAAAUCAUAAGUUGCUCAGGUAUCAGGUCUCCGACAUGGCUAGAGACAAAUUGGUUGUCGCAUCUGCAAUCCUUGACUCUGAGUUGCUGCGGAUCUUGGAUAUCUCUCCCCCCUCUCGGACGGCUGCAGAGUCUCAAAUUUUUGGAAAUUAGGUGGAUGUGUGUGGUGAAAAAAAUCAGCUUCGAGUUCUAUGCGAACGGCAGCCUUAAUGGAUUCCCAUUACUGGAACGCUUAAGAUUUGAAGGCAUGCCGGAGUUGGUCGAGUGGUCCCGAGCUAAAGAAUAUCGAGCGUUUCCUUCUCUAUGUGGUGUUCAAAUUGAGAAAUGCCCGAAGCUAACGGACGAGGCAUUCUCGUCGUGCAUGCAAACCUUGAUUCGCCUCUCCAGUCUGGAGAUAAGUUGUUGCCAUCGACUUAUAUCCCUGCCUUCGGCAUCAGUUUUGCAUCAUCUAACUACACUGAAAGAACUGUACAUUAAGUGGUGCGAAAAUUUGGCGUCGCUAGGCGGGCUACAUGCGCUUACUUCCCUGAAAGAGCUCGAAUUGAUGGAUUGCCCAAAGCUGCUGGCAUCUAUGAUCAUCGGAGAGGACAAUUACGACAGAGGUUUUCUGCCGGCAUCGCUAGCGUCUCUCAGAAUUGUGCGUUGCGGCCUUACCGAUGCAUCAUUGUCAAAUUGUCUCCAGAACCUCGCCUCUCUUUCCACAUUAGAGAUAAAAGAGUGCCGCCAAAUUACGACUCUUCCGUCGAAACAAGUGAUGCGCCACCUGACAGCGCUGAAGCAGUUAAGAAUGCAGUCCUGCCAGGCCCUGACGUCGCUUGGCGGGUUAUCAAAUCUCUCCUCCUUGCAAGAGCUGGCAGUUGCUCACUGUCCUCGGCUUCUCGAGUCCACUAACAAUGACGAAGAAAAUGGUCAGGUUAUUUUACCCUCUGUGCUCGAGUCAUUAGAGCUCGAUUCCUGCGGCGUUAACAACAAUUCACUGUCUGUAUGUUUGCAAAACCUCACCUGUCUUUCUGCCUUGCGCAUAUAUCACUGUAACAGCAUUGUAUCACUCCCCCCUGCGACGGUCUUUCGCCGCCUAACCAUGCUUGCAAAACUGGACAUAUUUGAUUGUCAGGAAUUGACAUCUGCUGUAGGAUUGACUGCCCUAACACGCCGAAGAUUUGUGAGGAUCCUAAGUUGCCCCAAGCUUGCUGAUCUAUCAAGCAUUUCAUCCCAAGUUGGGGCAUAUAUUGAAUGACGACGGCUUCGUAUUGCCCUUUUGAGGAUUCAAAAAGCAGAUCCAAGAAGGAAGGAUAUCGAGUUGGAUAUGGUUCCGAACAUCUCUUCAACCGUCUGCCCUCUGCAAGUUUAUUUCUUUCAAUUGUGCAGCUCACUGUCUUCUCUUUUCAGGUUUCUGAGUGGCUUUUGCACGAUUUCAUAUAAUUGUGUCUAAGAAACCAAACAUGCACCUUGUGAUGGCAUUUCAAUUUUGAAACCAUGUACUAUCUCAUGGUAAUAAUAGUCAUUGUGUACUUUUAGCACACUCAUAGUGAUUAGACUAAUUUUUUUUAUGUAUUAUUCAUUAUGUUAGAUAUCCAAACAACCUAUUAAAUAAGCAAUUUAUA